AUGCGUACGUAUCCGCGUGGUUCGCGAUUUCAACCAACGGAGUUGGGGUUGGUGAAGCUUCAUCUUAAGAACAAGGUGGAGAAGAACAUAAGCGGUUUCAUCAAAACGUUGAACGUCUACGGAGACGCGCCGUGGCUUCUCCAUCACGACACGAACCCUCUGUAUAGUAGAAACGAAUGGUACUAUUUUGUUCCGAGGAAGAUAAGAGGUGUCAGGUCAGUGAGCCGGAUGGUACCGAGUAACGGAGAUAGCUUAGGGGGCACGUGGAAGUCAGUAGGUAAGAUAAUAGAAAUAAAGAAGAAUGACAAGGAGUUGAUGGGUUACAAGAGGGUACUAGUGUUCAAAGAGAACGUGGCUGGGAAGUUAGAGAAGGAGAAUGUAACGGCCCGGUUCCUGGCCCAUAAAAAUUUCCCAAAGAAUAUGGGCUUCUCUACGGCCCAUUUAGCAAAACCCUAG